AAUAGUUCCAGAUGUGCCCAUGUUUAGUUAAUCUUUGAAGUUUUCUCUAUUAUCGAUUACAAUUUAAUCGCAACGAAAAUCACCGAAAAAACCAGAAAAAAGACAAACAAGAAUCAACAAAAAAAAACAUUCAAAUAAUUCAUUCGCACUCGCCUUAAUUCGACCAAAGAAACCGACCAUGUUGUAAAAAUUUUCCUUUUUUUACAUAAUUAAAACGCAGAAAAAUCCAAUUAAACUCCAAAAAAUCACACCGACCGAUCGUCUUUUCCAUCCUCGAUACAUCGUCAUUCAAGAUUUCGUCCGCUCUCUCAAAUCGCGAUAUUGCGAGAAAUUAACCUGAAAAAUGAUACGUACGAGGCAAAAAAAAGCGGAAGUUUUGCAGAGUUUCUGAGAGUCGAGGGGGUAUUGUCCAGUGGAAGCGUAAGAAAAAAAAAAUAAGCAAGAUCAUCGUAAACUGACUAAUGAGAGGUCAUUUUGACUUCCAAAAGACAGCUAAGAACCAUCGUAUCGUGUUGGACAUUUGAUAAAAUAAGAAAUUAAAAAUAAUCAAUUGAGACACAUUAAAAAGUCCCAAUUGACACGUACGCAUUGCUACAGAGUUGAAAAGGAAGGGGGUCACGUGACGGUUGGGGUUUAGCUCGGUUGAAAGGAGGAGGGAUAUUUCUAGAGAAAAUACGGUGUCCUCUUUUUCCCCCACUCCUCUGACCGUCGCAUUAACGUGCGAAGCGAGGAGGUACUCGGCCAUGCCACGUCAACUACAAUGACGUUGUUUGUCGGCGACGCUGUUGACCACACAAGGAUUCAAAGAUAACAAAAUACAAAGGAAGGGGCAAAACUUGAUCUUGAAUCAUAAUUAUUGAUUUAAGAAUCGGAAAUAACGUAUAAUAAAGUGAAAACAACAAAUGCCAAUACUUUAAUUGAGUGAAAUAUUUGAGGAAAAGAAAUAACAGAUAUUUGCGGAUUUCAUGGUGGGAGAGAGAGUACUAGCGGACAAAAAAAAAGGAAAAACAGUUUGAGAAGAGGAGAAACGAAAUUUUUUACAUUUUUUUUUCGUGGUAUUAUCUUUUCGGAAGCACACGUGAGAGAGCCUCAAUCAAUGAAUAUUGGGGAAAAAGAUGAUAAUCAUUAGAUUCAUCAGGGUCGAGUGUCGGGUAGAUUUUGUCAUCGAGAAUAUUAGUGGCGGAUAUUAGUUAUUGAUGCAACUAAUUACAAUAGGGUAAAUUCACAGUCAAGUUACGAUCGGCGGUGAAAAUAGGAGUUUAAUUGUUGAUAGUUGGAAAUAUUUACUGAUUAUAAAAAGUUCAAGGUCGUAGUCGAAUAUGGCACUAGAGAGUGUUACCGCGGCCGAAACACUGAUCCAAAGCAGCAAUGUGGAUAGCAAUGAUUUGGAGGACGGAGAAAUUCCCUCUGAUGAAGAUGAUGAACCCAUACCAGUACCAGUUAAAACCCCUGAUCCAUCGAGCCACUCGAAGUACGAUUCUCAUAGGGACAAAAAUACAGAAUCAAAAUCGAGUAAAAAUAAGGGUAAAUCGUCGACUAGCAAUGUGUCUGGUAGUAGUUCAGCAGGAUGUAAAUCCGACAGAUUUACUAAGUACAAAAAUCCAUCAGAGGAUUGGGCUGGUGAUGUUGAAAAAGCUAUCAAGGCUGCUUUGGAUGGGGAAGGCAAGAAAGAAGAGAAGAGUAAGGGCAAAAACUCUUCAAGUAGGAGUAAAAAUAGGAAGAGGAGUCGAGAUGAGAAGGAGGAGGAUCGAAAUAAAGAACAAAAGAAACGUCGGCUAAGUGAAGAGGAAAAUGGUAAUGAAGAUGAUGAUGAGUUCAUGUUCGUUCGAGGCGCCUCUCCAGUAAAUAGGAAAGAUUUUCAUGAUGCAAGCCCUCCUCGUCGUUCCCAUGAACGUGAAAAUUUUGAUAAUAGCUCAGACCGAGAUUCAGAGGAACGAUCAAGUAGGCAUCGUGAUGAGAAACGUAGUAACAAUCGAAGCUCAACACCCAGGAGAUCCGGAAAAAAUGAACGAGCUGGGAAAAAUAAGAGUCGAGGGAGCUCAAGGAACGAGCGAAAUGGAAGGAGAAAUCAGAGUAAUGAGCACAAUCAGGACCCGGACUCAAUUUGCGUAUAUUUUAUGCAGGGAAAGUGUCAUCGAGGGGAUGAUUGCCCAUUUUCACACAAUGCACUUCCUCCUAGAAAAAUGGAACUUUGCAAAUUUUAUCUUAUGGAUUGCUGUGCUAAAAGGGAUAAGUGUCUUUAUAUGCAUCACGAUUUCCCAUGCAAAUUUCAUCACACUGGUCUUAAAUGUGCAGCUGGAUCGAACUGUAAAUUUUCGCACGAGCCACUCAAUGAUCAGGUGAAAAAUAUUUUACUUAAACACUUGGAGACUGCUCCGAAGGAGAUUUUGGGUGACUUUCCUCGGCUGAGUCGAGAAAGCGCCUUGAUGAUGAUCAACAAUACAGUUCGAAAUCAAUCUCAGGGACACGAUGAGAACUCUCAAAAGAUUCCCAGUCUCUUUGAUGUCAGCCUCAAUUCUUUAAAUUCUCAAGGCAACGACUCCAGUCCUGACAAAGACAAUGACAGUGCUACCGAUAGCCAGAAACGCUCGGCUUCCUCUAAAGAGAAGAAAUCUGCCGGCAAGAAGACCCGAUGGGGUUCUGACGACGACAGGGUUCCACUGGAGCAAAUAGUACUCCUACAAACGGUGAACCAACUUGGUAUUAACCUGCCAAAUGUGGCUCUGAGCCUAGCGAUGCAGCAGCAUCAGCAGAUCCAGCAACGUCUGCUAAUUCAACAGUGCAUUGCAGCAAACAUGGACUUUUACAAUGAGAUCCAGGGAAAUACAGGACUAGAUGGUAAAGCCAAAGUGAAAGGAGACUCAAAAGAUUCCGAUGAAAGUCCGACUAAAGCCAGGGAUUUUGACUUGAGACAACUCUUAUCAAAUGUAGCGGCCAAGGCUCCGCAGUCUUUGAGUCUAGCAGAAGAAGCUGCUAAUCUAUCGACAUCUAAAUUCGAUGAUGAAAGUGAUCGGGAAGAAGAGUCAAACUUGAUCAUUGAAGUUCCAGCGGAGGAAGAAGAUAAAAAGAAAGAUUCGGAAGGAUCUCAGAAGUACAAGACCCUUCAAAAUCUCGCUAAUUCAGACACGGAUCCGAAAGACUCUCCGAAAUCAUAUACAGAUGGCCGGGAAAGCUCACCAAACUUGCCUAAAACAGCCCAAGAGUUAUUCCUGAGAAUUCAACAGCAACAGAGAGCAGCUGGAGACAGUCUCAUCACCACUGAUGAAAAAUCAGCAGUGGAAGUUGCCUUAAAAGACCAGGAAGAGUGGUAUUCUGACGAAUCUGACAAUGAGAAUGACGACGAUGAUGACGAGGAUGGUAAUCUCCAGAUUGUAUUAAAGGACAAUCAGAAAGACGAGAAGAGUGAAGGAAGUACUCAGCCCAGUCCCACUAAAGAAAGUCCUCUUCUACCCUCCAUAAUCCCUCAACCAGCUCCCAUUAUCGAUAAACUCGGGGACUUGAGUAAAAUCGAUAUUAGUGCUGAAGUAACCAAGCUUCUGUCUUCCAUAAGGCCUCAACUUAAACGAAACAUUGAAGAGUCUUCCAAGGAGGAUAUAAAGUCGAGAGCAAAUUCUCCAGAUUCGUCGGAGACAUCUUCCACAGUUAAAUUGGAGAACGAAGUACUCAGCCCUAAAUCCUCACCCUCAACAAGCACAACACCAGUUUCAAGAGAUCCUAGAAUGUCUAGAGAUCCACGUCAACGAAGAAUGGAAGAGACUAAGCCAAGUAGUCCAAGUAUAUCGGAGUCCAGAAAAUCAGAAUCUAGAUCUUUAAGAUCAGAAACCAGCAUCUACUCAUCUGGAAUUACUUCAUCAGACUAUACACCUGGUAUGGAUACGGAUCUUCGAGCUCGUCUUGACCAAGAUCAUCGAAGGAAGGAUAUGGAUUUGAGGCAACGAUUUCAAGAUUUUGGCGAUACGGAUUUGAGGAUAGCAGGAUUCGAAAGUGGCAGAUCUGACAUUGAUUUGAGACAAAUGUUAACAUUACCAUUUAAACCUGCACCUUCUCAUGUACCUUGCACUGAAAUUGAUGCUAGCAUUGCCUCACACGUGCCAUUAUCAUAUAAAGUCUACGUUGUGGAUAUUCCCAGGCCCAAUUACACUGGUCUCAAGCUAACCAAGAAUGAUGCAGCAGUAAAACACGAUCCCAGGCUGCGUAAAAUCUUCAAAUUAUCUAAGAAUGAUGCACCUGAUUCUCCAAUGUCUCCACCUCCAGCGAAACAAAUACCCGAUACUCCAAAAUCUCCACCUCUAGUACGUGCAGAUCCCAGGAGGAAAGCUCUGGAAAUGACUAAUCAAAUUCCUGGCAAUCCAAUGAUUCCAGGCAUGGCUCAGUGCUCUGGGGACAUAGGUAUUGGCUUAGGGGGUCCCGUCAUGGCAGGACCAAAUCCCCACAUGGGAAUGGGCCAGAAUCCAAUGCUAGGGGGUAUGAAUCCCAUGCCAGGAAUGCUAAAUGCACCUAUUCAGCAUCCCCAAGGUAUGCCCAUGGGGAUGUCUGGGAUGUCAAAUGCAAUGCCGCAAAGUGGCCCUUCGAUGCAACAGAAUCAGAUGGGAUUCGAUGCACGAUUUGUCCAACGGAAUGGAGGACCUGGCUUACUAGGGCCAGCCCCGGCAUUGUACUCCGAUGGUGGUCCAAAUUUUGACCAAAAUUACCCCAACAAUAAUUUCAAUAAUUUUGGACCUGGUGCCAAUGAACCGAUGAUGCCAUAUGGACCAUCAAACCAGAUGAAUUAUGGGAAUAAUGGACCUGAAUGGGGAGGCGGCAAUGGAAAUAAUUCAGGAAGAAGUCGAGGACGAGUACGUAGAAGAAACAGAAAUCGUGGCAAUCCCAAUAAUGGAGGCAGAGGGAACAGGUCGCCCCAGUAAAUAUUGAGGCUCACUAUUACAAAUUGCAAUGAUGAACAAAAUUUCAUUUCACUGAUAUUGAACAAACUAUUAAGAAUAGCUCAAUGUAAACGUAAUCCAGUGAUUCAAUUACGUAUUCAUCAUUUUUUUUUCGAACACAAGUUGAUCAUAAGUUCAUAAUAAUAGCAUUAUGAAGGAGAGCAUAAUUUGAUGAUUAUUAUUAUCUCUGGUUGACAAUUCAUUCAUUUCUUUCAAGUACAAUAAUAAAUUAUAUUUUAUUGAAAAAAAAUAAAAUUAUCACGAGGCGUCAUUAUCUUCAAGCAUUAUUUAGGAUCAUGGUGGCUCAAGUAUUUAUCAUUAUUUGAAGUUACUCGUGGGAGAUAUUUGUCGUGCAAGUCAAAAUAACGUAGUUAUGGGUUAAUAACUUCCAUUAGCUAUUACGAUUGUAUAUUGGUGACAAGUCAUCACUUAAAGUUGGUUGAAUCAUCUUACCUUUCAUUAUUUAUAAUGUAAAUUUUAAAUAAAAAUGAUUGGACAGAAUAUUCACUCAUGAAGAUGUAAUUGUAGUUUACAUGGAUAAUAUUUUAUAUCUGUCUGUAAAUACGAAAUGAAAAUGUAUAUUCUCUUGUUGUAUGUGAAAUUAUUUCUUCUCUGUUUCUUUAAAUAUGGAUGAUUAUUAGAAAUAAAUGAUUAUCGAGGAAUUGUAUUACCUCAAACGAUUAAAUUUAGCAGUUUUUUAUUGACAUAAUAAAAGAUUAAUAAUUAGAAAACAAAUGUACAUUAUCAAUAUUUGAAAAAUAUAUUUGUAUAGAUAUGGA